AGAUCAUUUCGUAAAGGUUGAGCUCUCUGGACCAUAAGAAAACAUGAGUGGUGUUGCUGUGACUGCGUGCCUGUUCUUUUUGCUAUCGGUUUGCUCGGCGUGUUACAUCUCCAACUGCCCCAUUGGUGGAAAGAGGUCUAUUAUGGAUGCCCCAUUGCGUAAGUGCAUGUCGUGUGGUCCUGGAGAACGCGGCCGCUGCUUUGGCCCCAGUAUCUGCUGUGGGGAGGGUCUGGGCUGCCUGAUGGGGUCCCCAGAAACAGCUCACUGUGUGGAGGAGAACUACCUGCUCACCCCCUGCCAGUCUGGAGGGAGGCCCUGUGGAUCAGAGGGGGGGCGCUGUGCUGCCUCGGGACUCUGUUGCGAUGCUGAGAGUUGCACCACAGACCAGAGCUGCCUGCCCGAGGAGGAAGUAGAAGACACUGUUGGCCAAUACGAGCCUAGCGACCCCAGUGACAUCAUCCUCAGGCUUUUACACCUGGCCAAUCACAACGCAGCGCAUAGACUGCACCAAUGA